AUGGCCUCAAAGGCAGUUGCGAAGGCUGUCGCAGGCGGUGUUGUGGAAAUCUCCAAGAAACACACCCUCCAGUCCCAAGGCGUCUGGGAACGCAUCCGCCGCUCCCUCGCCCUCGACCCCAACCGCUCCUCCGGUGUGCCCUUGAACCCGACCUUCCGCAACCCGACACCCGGUGCCCUGAACCCCCUCAGCUACGACGACCCCGUCACCCUGCCCGCGGCUGACAUCGCCGACAACCCUUACUGGAAGCGCGACGCUCGUCGCAACUACCCAGCCAUCAGUGUCGUCAACCAGGCCGACGUUGUCGGCUUGCUCUCGGUCGGCUCCGCUGCCAGCCCGCGCGUUGAGCUCAUCGGCGAGGCCGGCGAGAAGCAGCUCGUCGCCGCCCGCGAGGAGGCUUCUUCCACGGGCCUGGCGCCCUACCUUGAGAAGAACGCCGCCAAGGCUGUCGAGGCAAGCAAGGAGGCCCUCUUCAUCAAUGGCCUGCCGCCGACGCCUAGCGGCCAGGACCUCAAGAGCGGAGCGUGGGACGUGCAUAAGUACAAGGUCAACGAGGAGCAAUCCUACGGCGAGGACUACCCCUGCAGGACUCUUGCGUAA